AUGAUGCCGGGUACCCCACACUCCACCACACGGGCAGCCAAGCCUCAGCCGCAACUCCACCUCCUGCUCUACACCCGCUGCACCGGCUACAAGCACACUUGCAUCCCAGCCGCCGUGACCGCCUUCCAGAGCCUCGGCCACCACACCGUUGUCACUGAAGACCCUACAGUUUAUUUCCGCUCCGCUGAUGCCCUGACCGAGAACUUCGACGUGGUGGUCUUGCUACAUUGUAUCGGCGAUGACAUCUUCACCCCCACCCAGCUAGCCUCCCUACGAGGCUUCCUCAACGCCGGCGGCGGCGUAGUCGCAGUACAUGGCGCCGCGGCUGCCAUGACGGGGGAUGAGUGGUACGGAAGGAUGGUUGGGGCACACUUUGAUAGCCAUCCUGACCCUGAGCCGGGCAUGGUAAUCGUCGAGGAGUCGAGCGCCGGGCAUGAGAUUCUGGCCGGACUGGCAGGUCUCAGUCGGAAGGACGGGUGGGUGGAUGAGUGGUAUAAUUUCCGGAGGCACCCGAGAGACAAUGCCAAUCUGAAGAUCUUGCUGAGGGGGGAUCCGAAGAGUUUCAAGGGUGGGAAGAUGGGCGAGGACCAUCCGUUGAGCUGGUGUCAGGAGUUUGAGGGUGGGAGGGUGUGGUUUACGGCGUUGGGGCAUUUUGAUGAGGCGUAUGAGGAUGAGUGGUUCAUGGGUAUGGUGGAGCGGGGGAUUGUGUGGGCUGCGGCGGCAAAGCAGGCAGGCAUAGGCGGAGGAAGGUAG